GGCUGGAGCACAGAACAUUUUGUCACCUCCUGGAAGAAAGUCUGUGCCAUUAUUAGUGUCUUCCCACCCUCAUUUGGGCCUUGCUAAUCUGGACCGAGCAACAGACUCAGCAGCCUGAGGCCUCUGUGUCUGCCUAGUUUUCAUUUUGGGCACUUUGAGCAGUUCUGCCAUGAAUGUGUGUGUGCGUUUCUCAUGAGCCACAUUCUCCUUCUCCUGGGCAUGAAACUGGGGGUGAAGUGCCUGGGCCAGGUAGUGGCUCUGUGUCCAGUGACUGAGGAGCUUCCUGCUGCUGUCCACAGGGUGCACAUUGGAGCUGGGUGUCCUGUGUGGGGGCAGAAGCUUUCCUCUUGUCUUGCAGGGUCUUCUCAGGGUCUCUGCAGGGUCUGAAGAUUUAGUCCCUGUGAAGCAGAUGAGCAGGAGAGGAACACGCACAUUUCACUUUGACAGAUGGUAACUUCACUGGGAAAUGAGACCCUGAGGCUUGAGUGCUCCCAUGAGGGGCCAAACAAAGGGUGUGUAACAGUGAAAAUGUGACUGUGGAGGCUGAGGAAGGCUGGCAUGUGUCUGGCCUCCGCUGUGGUGACAAGAAUGUCCUGGUGGGCAUUUUCCACAUGGGUGGAGGAGGGUCAGACCCCUGCUCACCUCCAGGUAGCUUUAGCCCAGAGCUGCCCUUUUGCAGGUGUCUUAUGGGAAACUCUGUGGACCCUACCCCCUUUGUCCUUCCUUAUGGGGCUACCUGUUCUUGUGAAAAAACCUGGUCUUCAGGGCUGUUGGGAACUCUUUUAAUCUUUCCCACUUCCUGAAGAAGUGAUCAUCUGUUAUUGUAGAAAUUAGGAAAAUAAAGGUAAAAUGAAAAAAGUCUUGUGGAGGGCAUCCUGGUGGCCAGUCCUGACUGCCUUGUGACCUCUUGGUGUUCCUUCAUCAGGCUCAUGGCCUCCCUGUGGUGGAUGUUGUCUUCCUGCUAGAGGCAUUUCCUGUACUGGAAUUUCUAGCAGAGCAGCUUCCUGAGAAGCAGAGCUGACCUGGGACCCAGACAUGGAACUGCGGGAAGAGGCCUGGUCUCCGGGGCCGCUGGAUUCUGAGGACCAGCAGAUGGCCAGUCAUGAGAACCCAGUGGACAUCCUCAUUAUGGAUGAUGACGACGUCCCCAGCUGGCCUCCAACCAAGCUGUCGCCGCCCCAGUCCGCGCCCCCAGCUGGCCCUCCAGCUCGGCCUAGGCCGCCUGCCCCCUACAUCUGCAACGAGUGCGGGAAGAGCUUCAGCCAUUGGUCCAAGCUGACAAGGCACCAGCGCACACACACGGGGGAGCGGCCCAACGCCUGCAGCGACUGCGGCAAGACCUUCUCGCAGAGCUCUCACCUGGUGCAACACCGGCGCAUCCACACGGGAGAGAAGCCCUACGCCUGCUCCGAGUGUGGCAAGCGCUUCAGCUGGAGCUCCAACCUCAUGCAGCACCAGCGCAUCCACACCGGGGAGAAGCCCUACGCCUGCCCCGACUGUGGCCGCAGCUUCACACAGAGCAAGAGCCUGGCCAAGCACCGGCGCUCGCACAGCGGUCUCAAGCCCUUCGUGUGUCCGCGCUGUGGCCGUGGCUUCAGCCAGCCCAAGAGCCUGGCGCGCCACCUGCGGCUGCACCCUGAGCUGUCGGGUCCCGGUGUGGCAGCCAAGGUGCUGGCGGCCAGCGUCCGCAGGGCCAAGGCGCCCGAGGAGGCGACGGCAGCGGACGGCGAGAUCGCCAUCCCAGUGGGCGACGGCGAGGGCAUCAUCGUGGUGGGCCCACCGGGCGAUGGGGCCACGGCGGCCGCAGCCAUGGCGGGUGCAGGGCCCAAGGCGGCAGGGCCCCGGUCGCGGCGCGCCCCGGCUCCCAAGCCGUAUGUGUGCAUGGAAUGUGGGAAGGGCUUUGGGCAUGGGGCCGGGCUCCUGGCCCACCAGCGGGCCCAGCACGGGGACGGGCUUGGGGCAGCAGGGGCCGAGGAACCCGCCCACAUCUGUGUGGAGUGCGGGGAGGGCUUCGUGCAGGGCGCCGCGCUUCGGAGACACAAGAAGAUCCAUGCCGUGGGCGCGCCCUCGGUCUGCAGCAGCUGCGGACAGAGCUACUACCCUGCUGGCGGGGAGGAGGAGGAGGAAGAGGACGCGGCUGGCGGGCUGUGUGCCGAGUGCCGCGGUGGGGAGGGCCGGUAGGGGCAGGGGAGCCGGGGGGUGGCGGGGCCCCUCGGGCUUGGCGGGAACUACGACGUCCAAGACCCAGAGAUCCAGGGACAGUGCGGGUGGGACGGACCGCGGCUUUCUCGGCUCCCCUGACGCCCUCCACCCAGGGGUCUAGGGUGAGUAUUAGGGCCAGUUCUCUUUGCCUGGAGACUAUGCUGGUCCUCCCAGCCCCUGCUCCUACCAGCCUGGCCUACCCUGGCUCUGGUCCAGAGGCAGUGCGAGAGAACUGCAGAGACCUAGUGGCCACUGGACCCGGCGCUAAAGGCCUAUUCCUCUUUCCCCGCCGGCGAAUUGGGGAUGUGAGAAGGAAUGGAGAGAAUUGGGCCUGCUGCAUUUAGAAGGGCCUGGGUGAGAGAAUUGGAGCAGGGCCCUUAUCUCAUUUAGAAUUUUCUUUUAGUCACACCCACCGUCCUGACCCUUCCUGCCCGUUAUUUUUUCUGCCCUGCGGGUCCCAUUUUUUUUUUUUUUUCUAGCGAAGUCAUUUGCGACCUUUUGGGUUCUGAGCGAAGCAGAGUCUGGCCGCUGUUCCUAUCCGAACGCAGCCCCUGCGAGGGCGGUGCCACGAGGUCCCCUGGCCGGGGCGAAGUGGGAGAAGGUGCAGGGCAAUAAAGCGCACUGUUAGCCGUC